CUUUGUACGGGGAAAAUGGCAACUUUUGCCUUUAAAUCGAUUGUUCGCCUCUCUCGAUCUACGAAUAAUUUUCUUUCUGUACAUAAAAGGGCAAACUCAUAUUUUCCAAUAAAUGACACACUUUAUAGUUUAACAGAAGAGCAAAAACAGGUAACUUUUGAUUGUCUUUUUACCCAUAAUUUUAAACGUGAGUGAAGUUAAUUCAAAGCGACCUUUGACACUGCGCCUGACACUCGUAACUUAUUAAUUAUUACUAGUAGUCUAGACCAGUGCUACUCAAAGUGGUGGUCCGCGGACCGGUGCUGGUACGUGGCCAUCAUCCGCCGGUCCGGAGAGCAUGAAUAUUGAUGUUUAAAUAGAAAGAAAAUAUAUUUAAUAAAUCUGGCACCGGUCCCCGGUGCAGUUUCGAAACUUGUCCACGGGUCCGUGAAACUUAAAAGUUUAGGAAACGCUGGUCUAGACUAAGUAAGUAGUAUAGUACUAGUACUAGGCUGUACUAGAGCCAUUACUCAACUCGGUCUAAUUAAAAAUAAAAUGAUCACAACAUUCAUAGGUACCACAUUCAUAUUUAUUAUUAUUUAGAUACCUUACAGCCUUACAAAUACAAAGGUUGACAGGGUAAAUUUACACACUGGGUCCCCUCUUUUCAAGUGUGUGAAAGUGAAACUGUAUUUUUUGCACUAAUUUUUUUGAGAUGCCCUCUAUUAAAUUUAUGGCUAUAAUUAUUUAUGAUUGAUGAUUAUCAUGACAUGUCUCCUGUGGCAAAAUGUUUGAUGGCUACAUCAACAAAACAAAAAAAGAGAGACUGGGGUGAAAAUCUGGAGUUGGAGAGGAAAGGGUCAGGGAGACAGUGUGUCAGUGUAUUUUAGUUUUAGCUAACUUUAAAAAAUCGACACAACUGUAAAAUAAGGCUUGAUUAAGGGAAUAUCAUUCUGACGAACCUGAAUGCAAAUGUACUAAGCACAAAAGUCAGUAUCGCUAACUCAAGCGUAAUUUUUAAACCUACAAAAUUCAGUCCCCACUAACUCUAGCUUAAAUCUUCAACAUGAACCUUAAAAUCACAUGUUCGUGUGCUACAGAUUCACACUGUAACUGUAAUAGUAACUAAGUAAUGUAAUGAGAAAAUCAUAAAUUUGAAUAAAAAGAUUAAAAUUACUUUUGAAAUGCUCAAAAUAAUGAAAACCCAACUUACAGUUUCAUCGAAUACACCUUUUAUUAAACACUUAAUUACAGUUUCCAUUGAAAAUAAAAUCUCAAAGAUGUUAGAAAAUUCAAAAUCCAUUUUUCACAUGACAUCGGCAAAUAGCCUCAUUUUGAAAUAUUAUAAUUAAAAUAUAAUAAUUAAAAUAGCCUCGUUUUGAAAUAUUAUAGUUAACCUUGCUACAAAAUAUUAAUUUUUAAAAAAAACCCUUCAAUCAAAAACAAGCCAUAAUAUUUAAUAGAAAAAAUAAUAGUUACCUUUUUUAUCAAUCCACGACUUAACGAAGGGGAUUUGACUCAUCCAAAGAAAUUCAAGGGACUUGUAAGGGUUCGUCCAUGAAUUAUGUCAACAAAAUAAGGGGAGGGGCUUUGGAAAUGUUUGACUGUUGUUGACAAGGGGAAAAAAAGGGGGGGAGGGGGGGGGGUUAGAUUUUUUGACGUCAACAAUUUUGUUUUUUCUGUUAAAAUUUUAAUCUUUAAAAUUUACUGGUUAUUACAUUAUUUUAACAAAUUUAGUGAAAGAGGGAAAAAAGGGGGGGGGGGGGGGGGGGGGUUAGAUUUUUUGACGUCAACAAUUUUGUUUUUUCUGUUAAAAUUUUAAUCUUUAAAAUUGACUGGUUAUUACAUUAUUUUAACAAAUUUAAUGAGUGUAAAUUAAAAUAGUUAUAUAAUUUUUAAGCUUUUAACAAUAUAAGAUUUAUUUAAUGUGUGUGUGUCUGGUCACUGCAGAUGGCUGGUAAGAAUGUUAAUACACUUUGUUAGUGCUAGAGAAGUCAAAAGUUGGCCGUUGCCCUCUCUUGGCCGUUGGCCUCUCUUGGCCGUUGGCCUCUCUUGGCCUUUAGAUUCUGUUUGUUGCAAAUGACAAGUAAAGUGAGUAACAACAUCGCUGCUUGAACGGAUUUUCAAAAUCUGUAACAUCUAUUUUGCAUUACAAGUCAUGUUGAUAUAGCAAGUUCAACAGCACCGACAAUGCCAUUGACAAUGCAAAUAAAUAACCACCUGCUCCUCAACAAAAAAGGAUUCUACUAAUGCAAGUAGCUGCCAGGAGACAGCGAGAGAUUAUGGCCAUUAUUGCUCACAGUGACAAUGCUUCUAUUUUAAGUGCUGAAUGGUUAGAUAAGAAUGAUGUUGACUUGUCUGGUAUAUCGAUUCCGCAUUAUGAAAAAGAUAAAUCAGCUACUAUGCCCAUUAUUACGAUAGAGCAACACCUGGCUACUCCCUGGGAAUAUGAUAGCAGCUAGAAACUAUGCUUCAAUUGUCAGCUAUACUGACAAUAAUUACAUUUAUACUUCCGCAAACAAUGAUAAUUAGUCUUUAACAACCUUUAAUUGCUUCUACAUUAUAAAAUUUAAGUGUGAAAACUUUUUAACUUGUUGAUUAGCAAGCUAAAGAUAUAAUAAAAUGUUUUUCCUAUACUUUUGUGUAAUUAAAAUCAGCACAAAGUAAAAUGCAUUUAAUUUAUAUAUGUAUUUAUAAUAUAAUUCAUUGGGGGUAGGGGGUAUAAAAAAUGUUGACAUAAUUACUUAAGUGGGGUCACUGAGAGUUUAACGGGGGGGGGGGGGGAGGGGGGGGGUUUAAGUAGUAAAAAAAUACUUUAAAAUUUUACAAUUAAAUUAUAUAUAAAGUAUAAUAUAAAUGAUAUGAAGAGUCGAUUUUCCAAACGCGGUAUCCGCCAAUUUGAAAAAAAUUAGAUAACUGUACAUCCUUGUGGAGCAAACCAGGUUUCUUUUGGACAUGUUAAAGUUUAUCUACAAAACACAUUUUAAUACUAUAUUAUUCUAUGUCUAAAUAAUAAUUUUAUUUUCAAAACGUGGUGUGUAUUUUUUUUUAUUAUUAUCAAAAUGCUGUAUGUAUUUUCGGACCAAUGCGUGUGAUUGGAAAGCUAUUCUGCGCAUGCGCACUAAACAUCACGACGUGAAACAACAACAAACACAGUGCAUAACGACGGCCUUGAUGAAAGAGUUUUUUGUAAUAUAAAAUCUUGAAAAAGAAAGAGAUUUUUUAGUUCAACACGAGAAAAAGACAAAUCAUUUCGUCCUUCAAGCGGAGGAAAGAUCCCCUCGGUGACGUGUAAUCACGAUAAAUGGUUCUACAAGGUGAGCUACCAGUAACUUUAUUAAAAAACCAUUAAAUUUCAUUUUACAUUAUUAUUAUGGUUAUGGUAACUACACAUCAGAAGUGUUUUAAGGAAAUGAAAAUAAAAAGUUGCUUUACAGAGUUAGCUGUGUUAUUUAUUACACAUUCAAUCUUUUACAUGCAGAUCCAGCCAUGACAGAAAAAAAAGGGUGCUCAAGGACAGAAAUAUUUGCCCUCUGAUUUGAAUGUAAAUAAGAAGCAGCAACUUUUCCUGGAACAAAACCAAACUGCUAUUGAAGAUGAUGCACACUCUGAAUCAGACACUUCAUUAUUUUCUAUUUUGUCGUUGUUUUAAAUUCAAAUAAAAUGAUUUGUGAAUUGAACAUUAUCUUUUUUAAUUUUGUUUAGAAUUCAGAUAUAUAAAAACAAAUUAUGCAAACUUAUAGCACUCUAAAACUACACUAUUACAAGCGACUUUCCAGCAUUUAUAAUACUGUUCUGUUAAAAUAUAUCAAUAAAAAAAAUUAAUCAUACACAAAUAUAUAUAUACCUAAAUUAACAUAUUUGAGCCAUCAUUGUGUAGCAGAAAAAGUCGAUUAUCUCAAAAAUGGAUAUAUAGCAUUUUGAAAAUCGACUCUUCAAAUAUUUUUAUGUACCGGUAUACAAGUUAUCAAAAUAUAUAAAGUACAUAUUAUCUAUUCAAUAUAAUGAACAAAUUAUUAACUGAUAUAUUUAAAUAAUAUUAUACAAUAUUAUAUGGACAAUAUUCAGAUUUAAUUCAAAUUUAACAGUGAAUUCACAAAUUCGUAGAAUUUGUUAAAUUCACUGAAGCUAUGUUUUUGUGUUUUAUACUGAGAAAUGAUUCAACUGAUGGCUAUUACUAAAGAUUAACCUAAUAUUACUUACUUGGUGAUUUAAUUAGAACACAGUAAAAUAAUAUUUACAUAAAAACAAUGAUUAAUUUUUAUGUUUUUAAUGCUUCAACAAAAUCUUUGGUUUGACAAAUUUGCUACAUAUUUAGGCUAGGUCUAGACCUCAAAUGAUGAUACGUGACUGAGUGUUCGAAAACAUACCUAUCCAACUAAGAAGAAAGUAUAAUAUAAAAAUAAUUGGUAAAUUUGAGUUAAGAAAAAUAGUAUGUAAAUAAUUUUAAAUACUUUUAUUAAAUGUCUUGUGAAACAAUUGAGUAUCAUAGCAUGAUUAAUAAUUUUUUUUGAGAAUCGAGUUCAAUGGAUAUUCGAGCUUUGUCUCAUUCUAACUUAUGGAGAAAAAAAAGACAAAACGCAAUUCUCCUAUCCUAAUUCUCUUAGACUUGGACUGUACAGCUUUAGAUUACGUACCAUUUCAUCAUAAAGCUUUUGAAUUUUAAAAAAUGUCCACUAUUUUGUGAAAAAAAAUAGUGAACAGAAUGUGAAAAAAGCGUACUGUCCGCUCAAAUAGUUGACACCUGGCAACCUUACCAAAGCGUAAGUUGACCAUUAGCAGAAUAUUUUUUGUUGUCAAAAUACAAUUUACUUUGAGUCUUAGCAUUUUUAUCUCUGGGGCAAAAUCAGAUUUAUUUUGAAAAAAGUGCCAUUUUUUUUUACCUAGGGCACUCAAUCAAGCAUGUCAUUAUUUUAUAAAGAAAUUUUUUAUUGAAAAUCUUUCACAACACUUACAGAGCUAAUUAACAAACUGUGUGUUUUAAAUAAAUGAUGUUGCUAAUUUACGAUGGAGUGCUCACAACACUUACAGAGCUAAUUAACAAACUGUGUGUUUUAAAUAAAUGAUGUUGCUAAUUUACGAUGGAGGUAAACUUUUUGUUGGAGGACACCUCAAAUAGCACAAUCUACUGGGUUUAGGUCCGGGCUGUUUUUGAUCCUCAUGUCUGGUUUGAUGAAGGUUACUUUCUCCUGAUGAAAAGGUUAAUUGUGGUUCUUGCCACAUGUAUGUGCGAAGGAGCUCUGUCCUGUUGCAGUGUCUAUUUGUGACAAUUACAUGUGCCUCAAAUAUCUAGAAUUUCCUGGUAUGUGUUCUCAAUAAUACUCACUGUUUUCAGUUUUGUUCUAUGUUCCACAAACACUGCACUGGUUUUUCCCAUCCAACUCUAUGAAACUAUGAUGACAAGACUGAGUUGUUCACAUUUGCGUAAAAGUUUGGCUGCUGGAAGUGUUUUCUUUUUUGUUUUUUUUAAACAUGCUUCAGAAUAAACAUGAUCAUUUUGAGAAUUAUCAAGUGAGGAUAGAGUUUGUGUCUAUUCGUCUGCAAACCAAAUGGUUUGGACACUUCUCUCAUUUGGAAACCUAUCAUUGACUUCAUUGCUAGCAUUUUAAUUUGCAGUUUUCGUUAUGACCUGCUCUAUUACUUGCUUGUACUGUACGUUUGAAGAUCUAACCUUACAGUGUUUUGCUAUGUUCUUUGUGAUAUGCCAGUUUUUCCUUUGACCCUUGCAACUGUGAGGAUCAUCAUUAUGGCUGCAAAUCAUCUCACUCACCCGCUGAAUCUUCUGCACUUUUCUAACUAGCCAGGUGGCUUCUUCCAAGUUUGAAAGCUUUUAAGGAGAGGAUUUAAAUGAUACUGAUGAUGAUUUUAACAUUCCCCAUGACGAUCUCCGUUCGGAUUCUUAUUUUUAGUAAAUCUGAUACUAGCCCACUCUACAGCAUGAUCUGUGCCACAGUUCCUGGGUUAAAGUCAGAAUAAAAUCUGUUAUUUUUGUCAUUGUAUAAAAGCAGUAAACACUGAAAACCUAAAUCAAAAUAUAAAGACCAGAAUCUAACAAAGUUAUGGGCGUCAUAUGUUAUCUAAAUGAGAAUGUUUCAGUUCAAAAGCUAUCAAAAAUUAAAUUCUAUAUACAUUCUUUUUUUUUCCUCCUCUCUGUAUAUCUGACUCCUGGUUACAUGAUUCUCAUAUCUAAUUGAUUUAUUAAAUUUUAAUAUAAAAACUAGUAAAAACGUUUUUUAUUGUCAAAAAAAUUAGGGAUUUAUAAUUUUUUACUUUUUCCUCCCCUUAUCCUUUCCUGCACUCCCCUAAUGACAAAUAAUGAACCUUAGGCUCCUACUCAUUUCCCAUGCACUCCCAUCUUGCCCACUCUAAACUGCACCCUUCUUUCUCAACCCUAUCAAUCAUUCUUCACUUUCAUGACACUCACUCUCACACUAUCCUCUUUCACUUACCAGCAUUGACAAUCCCUUUAACCCUCCCUCCCACACCAUUAUUUUGGGUUGCCACGUAAAUGUUCCUACAUGGCUCAUCUUUCAUGUCAAUCAAAAGUUGCAAUUAAUUGUUUUUCCUUGGCAUAAGUCUCAAUGUAAAUAGUUGUCAAAAGCAUACCAUCAGCUGGGUACAUAUUAAUUUCAUUAUUAAGUUUUUGAUGAAAAAUGCACUUUCUUUUCUAUUUGUUUUCAUGCAGGCCUGAAUGGAAAAAUACCGUAAAUGAAAACAAAAAUAAUCAUAAAUGAUAAAUAAGAUUGCCGGGUAGUGAGUUUCUCCUUUCCAUAAAUAUAAUUAUAACAAUGGAUCUUUUCGACACUGGAAUUAAUAUAUUUUAAAACUGUGUAAGUAAAAUGUUAUUUUCCUUUUUGGCAGCUUCGCCAAAGUGUUUUUCAGUUUGUUCAAAACCAGCUGGCUCCGAAAGCUGCAGAGAUUGAUAAAACAAAUGAUUUUAAAGACCUUAAAGUAAGUGUGGUGCUCUUGUUUAAUUUUCUUAUCUUAAUAAUAUGUCAAGAAUAGUCAAAUGUUUUACUGAUGUAUUUCUGGAUUUAUUUUACUUGUAACAUGGAUUUUUUUAUGUGAUUUUUUUUCUAAUGUGUAGAAACCUAGAUAUGUGCAGGACUCUUAAGCUUAAAGUCAAUCACAUUUUUUUAUUUACUGUCAAUGCUCUAAGAGUUUGAAUCAAAUUUAAACAAAUGUAUGCAUUAUGAACCCUAUGGUCAACUUUCUGUAUGUAAUUACAUGUGUUAUAAAUAAAAGAAAAGGGAUGGCAGCUUUUUCAGCAUUUUUUGUCAAAUUCUUAAUUUCUCUAGCAAUUCUGGGUAGAAUGUGGAAAAAUGGGUCUUCAUGGAGCAACAGCACCAAGUAAGAAAAAAAUGUUUGACUUUUUUUUUUACAGUCAUUAAUUUUUUGUGUUCAUUUCAUAAUAUUACGUAUGUAUAAAUUUGUAUAAUUUGCUGUAUCAUUAAUAGUGCCAGUGUUAAAAAAAAUAUUCUCAAGUUGAGGAUUUUUAAUAACCAUUCAUUUGAUUUAGGUAAAUAUGGAGGUUCAGAAUUGGGCUACCUUGACCACUGCAUCAUAGUGGAAGAAAUGUCUCGAGCUUCAGCUGCCAUAGCUCUCAGCUAUGGGGCUCACUCCAAUUUGUGUAUCAACCAGAUAGUUAGAAAUGGGACUGAAGCACAGAAAGAUAAAUAUCUGCCAGGAGUGAGUUUUUUGUUUGUUUUUUUUUUUUUAAAGUAAAAACAGAAAAAUGUUAAUUUACAGCCUCCAAAUAUACUUGGAAAAAGAAUUCAAAACAAAAAGUUAAACUUUUGAUUCCUUUUCAAAUGAAUUAUGACAUAUAAGAAAGCAUUAAAGCAUCAUAUUUUGCCCAAUGAUUCUAAAUUUUGUAUAUGUCUCAAUUUCAACAUUUUCAGAAGCCCAUCAAUAGUUUCACCUGAUUUGUGACACUAUUUGAUUUGCAUUAAUUCCCUCUUUAAUUUUUAGUUGUAGAAAAUUCGCCAACAAGAAAUAUAUGAAAAAAAAUGAACUUUAAAAAAAUUUCAUCAUAAGAUGAGUUCGAUCGGGUCAAAUUCUUUCCCUUAAAAAAGACUGAAAGAAUUUAAUAGCAUGCUCCUCCAGCACUUACCAAAUUCUAAAUGAUCACUAAUUAACUCAUUAUUUUCAGUAAAGGAGUUAAUUUUAUUUUUUUGGUCUAUAAUGGCUGAUAUUUUCACCAGAGUAAUACUUUAGAUAUCUUGGGUUUAAAUUGUUUUAAUUGUAAAAUGUUUACGUUGUUAAAAUAUGUAUUCCUAUAUGUGAUGAAAAUAAAUAUGUACAAAAUAACAACAAAAAAUAUUUCCAUUUAUUUGAAUCAAUAAAAGAAUCUAAUCUUAUCUUAUUCUCUUUGCCCCCCCCCCCCCCCUUCCUUUUUUGUUCUCCCCCACACACACAUUCAUCUAUCCUUGUAUAAUUACAUUAGUAGGUAUUCUAAAUUUCAUAAAUUUGUUAAAAUUUAAUGAAAAUAUUAAUAACUUUACAGCUUAUAUCUGGGGAAAAGAUAGGGGCUCUUGCCAUGAGUGAGGCAAAUGCUGGAUCAGAUGUUGUUUCUAUGAAACUCACAGCAACUAAAAAAGGCUAGUAUUUCGAUAUGUGAAAUCUUGACACUUAUUUAAGGAAUAGGAUCUCUAACAAAAUUUUUUUUAUUAAAAGCUUACAUGAAUUAAAAUCAAUAAUUUUGUUGAGAUAAAGGUGUCUUAUUUUUACCUUGGAAGGAGAGAGUUUCUGAUCUGAAAUUUUCUACCUGUUUUAAAUUAGUUCAUAUUUCAAGUUUAAACAAAAUGACUAAACAGUGUAACCAGUGUAAUGCCAUUUGAUUAUCACUCAGUAGGCAUUGGGACAAUGACAUCAGAGCAUUGUGAGAUUCUAAAAUAGCAUGGAUACAAGCGUUAUAUAAGUCUUCAAUCAAUCAAAGUAAUGAAGGUUAUUAACAACUUCAUAUUUAAUUUGUAUUUUUGUCAAACGACUUACAGCUGAUGACUCAAAUGUUUUUGAUAAAACAAAAAGUAAAGAUGACUCAAGUUACUUCUUUUUUCAGGGGAUCAUUAUGUGUUGAAUGGUACCAAGUUUUGGAUUACUAAUGGACCAGAUGCUGAUGUUCUAGUAGUUUAUGCUAAAAGUGACCCUAAAAGUGCCAAACCCCAGCAUGGGAUUACAGCUUUCAUCAUUGAAAAGGUGUGUUAACUCAUUCCCUACUGUUGUGACUAAAUGUGUCGGUGGGGAGGUGGAGGGAGUGGCAUCAGAUGGAUGCAUCCUGGCACGUCUUUGGUUGUCAUUUAAAAAUAGAAAUGAAAUGACAGUCCCUAGAAACUGGCAGUGAUGGCAUAAUUGUUCCUUAUUUCAAUUUAAAAAACACUGAAAGUUUUUAUUUUGUUUCACUUUCACUCUUUGUGUGCUUCAGUAUGGUGCAUCUAUUUAUAUCUAUCACCGUUUUGUCUGAGGUGCCAGAAAUCAAUUUAUUUGGUUGUUGUUUUUUUUAAUUUGUUUACUGUUAAUUUUACAGUUUUCUUAAACCUAAUUCAUUUCUGGGGGAUUUGCCCUUAAUUAUUCAUAUUUAGCAGCCAAAAAUUAUUUUACAAGUGUAAAUCAAUUGCAAAACCAAGUUAUUUUAGGUACAGAAGUAGCAGUAGGGAAUUAGUUAGAUGUAACAUCUAACUUGAUUGCUUAAAAUUUAAGCUUUUAAAUAUUCCUUUCCUCAACGUGUUAUAUUUUACUCCUUGUUGUACACACAAGGCUUUUAAUGGUAUAUGGAUAGAAAUUUGUUUCUUUACUCUUUGUUGUGCUCUAAUGACCAAAUGUCAAUUACAAAAUAAUAAUCAAAGACAUCCCACAAGUGUUUCAAAAUUCCUAUGACAAAUAACUGCUUGUCUUUGUUGAGUAACCUAUCAGGUAUUUUGGUCAAUUGUGUGUUUGCUAAAGACAAUUUCUAUAAAAUAGUAAAGACAUGUUAUGCCAUAUGCUUAUUGCAGAUAUACCACUACAGGAAAUUUUUAAAAUUUAGAUUAAUUUUCUGAAUUUCAAUUAAAUUCUAUAAACUACUUUCAGGGCAUGCCAGGCUUUUCAACAAGCCCAAAACUGGAUAAACUAGGCAUGAGAGGUUCAAAUACAUCAGAGCUUGUGUUUGAAGAUGUUAAAGUUCCAGGCAAGAUUGUUUUUUCACAUUCAUAAUAUAUCUUCAACAAUAAGAAAAAUAUGCCAAAUAUUUAUUCUGUAUUUUGUUUGGGGUUAUCAGAGAAAUGAUUUGUAUUGUCCACCUAACUGAGACAUGGAUCAUUUGACAAGUAGUGAACAUUCAAAAUCCUCAUUUUUGCAACACUUUAUUGCAAUAGAAGAUGCUAACAUCAUCAAAAUGAUAAAAAUUAAACCAACUUUUCAUGAAAAUUCAUCCAUAAACAUAACAUAACUGUAUUGUUGAUCUACUCGAAAAAUAUAAUCUGCCAUUUAAAAUUCCGUUUCGUAAAUUUAAAAUUAAGAAUAAUAGUAAAUCAUUUACUUAUAACUUCAAGAAAGCAGCAAAAUGUUUUGAAAUUUCUGGGCUUAAAGUGGUAAUGUUAUUUUCUUUUGGUUAGCUGAAAAUGUUGUGGGAAAAAUAGGUCAAGGCAUUUACAUCCUUAUGUCUGGCCUUGACAUUGAGCGUGGCUUGAUAGCUGCAUGUCCUAUAGGGUGAGCAAAAGUGUUUUUUCACAAAAUUGGAUCCUACUCCUUAUUUAAUAGAAAGCUGUAUGGUCAGUUUACCAUGUAAAACCUUAUUAAAAGUAACUAAUGCAUAGUCAGAAAUAAUAUAGGGAUCCUGCGAAAGUGCCAGACGUUAUUAGUUGGGAACCUUUGCUUUAAGCUUCUGUUUUAAUUACUGCUCCGGGUACAACAAAAUUGUAAUUUUUGCUAGUACAAUUUUGGCAAAAGUUGUGUUAAAACAGUUUUAGUUGCCACUGACUAUUUGAUCCAUUUCAGUUGUAAUGACAACAAUUAGUUUUUCUGCAGCUUCACAGAUAAAUUAAAUUUGAGAUUUUUUUUCAAUUUAAUUAUUCAACUGAUUCCCUCUUGCAAAUUGAUCUUUCUUAUUUUUCUCCCCUCCCCCUCUCAAACCAAUAUUUUCCAUGCAAGUUAUAUGAUAUCAGUAAUAGAAUGUGUAAAAUUUGUGAGCAGUUCUGCUAGCCAUUAACUUCAAUUUACAUUUUUAAAUCGUUAAUGGACAAAAAAACUUCAAUUCAUUAAUAUUGAAGUUGAAGCAAUUUUUACAAGACAAUUAUUUCUUUUUUGGAAAUGUUUUUUUUUUUUUUUUUUUUUUUAAAAAAUAAACAUAUUAAAAAAUUGUUUUUUUUUUGAAAUUUUCCAUUCAAUUUACAUUUUUAAAUCGUUAAUGGACAAAAAAACUUCAAUUCAUUAAUAUUGAAGUUGAAGCAAUUUUUACAAGACAAUUAUUUCUUUUUUGGAAAUGUUUUUUUUUUUUUGUUCUAAAAAAUAAACAUCAUAAAGAAUUGCUUCUUUCUUGAAAGUUUCCACUACUGUACAUCAGUGAAAUAUCAUUUACCUAAUGCCUCGAAAUUUGGUGAUUGCCUAAGUGCAGAUUUGUUCAUGUUAUUUUCAAAGAAUGAUAACAAAUGCAAUUAAUUAAUGAUCAUGUAAAUGGAAAUGGAGAUAUUUGCCAAUUAUCCCUCUUACAUAUUCUUCAAUGUCAUUACAGUAUACUAAUUGACAACCAAUAGUCGCUCUAAGUUUUUAACAUGUAAAAAAACUUGUUCAAUAAAUCUGUUUGAAUGAUUUUUUAAAUGAAUCUUUAAAUGGACCAAAGAACCUGAGUUUCAUCAUUCAAAUGUUGAGAUAUCUCAAAACUCCCUUUUGUUCCUCAAUUAAUCUCAUGAUUGAUUAAAUAUUUUUGUAUUUGUAAGCUCUCAAAUUAUUGACUCUUCACUCCUUUUCUUUGCUUAGUUGAGAACGUCAUGGGUUCUACUGGCAAAGGAGUCUAUGUCUUAAUGAGUGGCUUGGAUAUAGAAAGAUGUGUUCUUUCUGCAGGUCCUAUUGGGUAGGUGAGGAUUCUAAAAUGAGCAUUUGUUAUCAUUCUAACAUGUCCCAGUACAUUUUAUUGGUACAGUAUUUAAAAUAUAUAUUGUUUUGAAAUGAAUGUUUUUGACUAUGGUAAUUUUAAAUAUUAGAGUGAAUACUAACUUUCCAUUACUUUAAUUAUCGGUAUAUAAUGUAGCUUGACCAGUUACUUGAACUUUUUAAUUUUUGCUUUAUUUCACUGCUAAAAAUCUUGAAUUUUAUCUAACCAGUAUGACUAGUUUCCAAUAUGCCUGACACGCCAUUGUAGAGUUGUAAAAAUAUAAUAACCAAGUCCACACACUGAGUUAAAAUGCUAGUCUGCUGAGCCUUUUCUGAUUUGCUUAAGAUAUAGGACUCGGCUUGGAAACAUUAGCCUAAGACCGAGAGCAUGCAGAAAGUCACCACACGGAUAACCUGUCAGGUCCACUUACCACACAACUGCUUUUUGUUUUUACUCUUUCCACUUCAAUCCCCCUGUGAGGUUUUUUUUCCAGCUUUUUAAUAUACAUCCAAAACAUGGACCAAUUAAGAGAAACAUAAAAACACCACUAACUAACGACUACUUAUUGCCAAAUACUUUCACAACAUAAAACAAAAUCAAUGUAAUGAGCUACAUCACUUUAUCCCCCAGAGAUUACUUUUCCUCUUCCUUUUAAAAUCUCACUGAAAAAAUCUUUUCAGUACCCAGUAUUAAGAAAACAUUUGAUUUUUUAUUUUCCUGUUAGUAAUAAGCAACCAGUGCUUAUUUUUAUAUAAGAAAAUAAUAAAUUAAAAAAACCUUUCAGAAUCAUGCAAGCCUGCUGUGAUGUGGCAUUUCAAUAUGCUCAUGUGAGAGAAUGCUUUGGUGAAAAGAUAGGUCACUUUCAGGUAAUUGACUAAAUGGACAUCAUUGAGACAGCCUUUAAACAAUGUAUAAUAAAUUUGUGCAUAAUGCCAUACUAUCAUUAGUUGGUCACUGUCCUUGACUAAAUGACCUAUUAAGUGACUGAAUUUUACAAUCUGCCUCUUAAUUUGAAUUUUUGAUGAUUGGAGAGCCAAGUUCUGGUACUAACUAUAACUUGAACAUACCGGUUACCGGUACUCAAAAGAAAGAUUUAAAACUUUUUAAUUGAAUUUUUAAAAUUAAUAUUAAUCAUUUUGAAAAAGCCUGCUAAAAAUAUUAUUUUCAAUUUUCAUAUAACUACAUAAACUACCAGUAUGGUAUAAAGCAAUGCUAUAAAAAUUACAAAGACUUAGAAGUACCCGGUAGAAGUAAAGGUGAUUAUUUAGAAUUAAGUGCUUGCAAUUGCAAGCAUGUGUUGUAUUUUUGUUCCUGCACCAAUGCAUCCAAGUUGAUGUAUAUUGAAUAUACCUGCAUGUUACAGAUGAUACAAGCUAAAAUGGCUGACAUGUACACAGUUCUGAAUGCAAGCAGGUCCUAUGUUUACAAUGUUGCACGAGCUCUAGACCGUGGAGAAAGACAUCCAAAUGUAAGACUAUUUAAUAAUCAACCAAAAAUGUAGAUGCAAAUAAAAUUGCCAACAUUUAGAGUUAAAAUUAUAAUUAUUUCCAUUUCUGGGCAGUUGAAAUAUUCCAGUAUAGUCAAAUCACAACAACGAAAUUGCCAAUUCAGUUUCAAUCAAAAUCAAAUUAUUUUGUUUUACUCCUAUAAAGUAAUAACUUGUCGAAAAAUAAUUAAAUGUUAUGUCCAAAUUUAGUUAUAGUUAUAUUUCUGAGAGUGAAUAACAAUUGUUUAAAUGCCUAGGACUGUGCUGGUGUCAUCCUGUACACAGCAGAAGCUGCCACUAAAAUGGCUCUAGAUGCUAUUCAAAUAUUGGGUAAGUCAUAAGUAGAUAAUGAAACAAUCUUACUUUUUCUCUUGACCUUGGUUGAAACAAAAUGAUUUGUAGUUCAAAAUAAUUUAACAAUAGCCAGGGAUACCAAGUGAAGAAAUUAAUAUUUUAAGUUUAAGCUUAUAAAGAUUAAAAUAUUGUAUUUAUUUAAAUUAAAUAACAUAGGUUAGUCAUUACAUUUAAGCAAUUUGAUACAGUACUUAGGACAUAGGUAUCAUUAUGUCUCUUUUAUUACUUUUUAGUUAAUUUAUGCAAUAAAUUUUAUGGAUUUUCUCAGUUUUUUAUGUUUUGCUCAUAUUGUCCAUGAAAGCAACUAAAAUAUUUCUGCAUUAUUUCUUUAUUAUUUUAUCAAGUAGGCCAACCAACACAAAAAAUUGCCAUAGUCACAUUUAAAUGAUUUCCUAGCUGAAACAAUAAUAAACUUAAAAGGAAACAAAAGGAUAAACUUUAUACCAGUUGCUGGGCUGCUUAUCUUUCAUUUGUGUGUCUUAGGACAAAAUGUUCUUUCUAUCAAUGAUUUCUUUAUUGAUAUAUUCAACUCAAAACUUUAGGUAUAAUUAUUUGCUUGCUUUUUUAAAUAUAUUCAUAAUUUUUUUUCCUUAGGUGGAAAUGGUUAUAUCAAUGAUUAUCCUACUGGUCGUUUGCUAAGGGAUGCAAAGUUGUAUGAAAUUGGAGCAGGCACAAGUGAGAUCAGACGUCUUGUCAUUGCCAGGGCAAUAAAUGCUCAUUACAGAUAAAAUCAACAUUAUCAACUGUGAUAGUUGCUUGUUUACUCACAAAACAAUAAACACAAAGUACUAUCAGUAGUUAUGUCUGCUUUGGUAGGAUUUCUUAUCUUGUUUAAGAUAGAUACUGGUAU